CUGUUUGACGUCAAAACUAGCAGAAAAAUUUCAUCUAGUUCUCAUGCGCACUCCAAUAGAGCAGAUCCAAGCGCUGCUAUUUUUUUGAAGAAGUUAGUAGUUACAAGCCGUUAGACUAACUACUAACCCUUCUAGUUAGUAGUUUGACUAACUGACUAACUAUUUCAGUUCAUAGUUUAAAUAACUACUAACUGUUUUCGUUAGUAGUUAGUACAAACUUAACGGAACUCCGACAGCCCUAGAACUAAUAUGUACAUAGUGUUGUGCAUUUUGUUGUGCUUUUUCUAAUGAUUUUUUUAACAGGUUUUAAACAAUGCCAUGAUUUUCAAACUCAUUUUUAUCGCUUUUUUAUUCAGCGUGAUCUAUCCAUUUGAAUUGGACAUUCUUUACGAAUUACCACAUUUGCCAGCAUUAUUCACAUUUGAAUUAAUUGAAAAUUUAUUUGAAAAUCAAAUAACUUAUUGUUUUCCAAUUAUAUUUGCUUAUAAAUGGUCCAUUUUAAAAUCAAAAAAAGAUCAAUUAUCAGCAAGAUUUACUGAAUUAGUAACGAAAAACUAUGUUUAUUUAGAACAAAAGCAAGGAAUUUUAACGACAUCGUCCGAGACACUGGAUGCUGAAACAAUUUUCAAUAAAAUACGUGCUGCUGCGGCAAAGAUUUUUGGUUCAGAAACUGCUGAUCGUAUUGAUGCCGAUAAAUCCUUAAUUCAACAAUGGAUGGAUUCACUAAUGGGGGUUGCGCUUAAUACUGGAUAG